AUGAAAGUCCUGAUGCUCAACAGCAAUAUGGUGGGAAAGAUCUGGAUUCCUGACACCUUCUUUCGGAAUUCAAGAAAGUCUGACGCCCACUGGAUCACCACUCCAAACAGUCUGCUGCGACUGUGGAACAACGGAAGAGUGAUGUACACACUGAGGUUGACCAGUAAUGCGGAAUGCUGCCUUAAGCUGCAUAACUUUCCCAUGGACGAGCACUCGUGUCUGCUGGAGUUUCCGAGCUGUAGAUGGCUUCCUAAAAAUGAGAUUCUGUACCAUUGGCAAAAGCGUUCUGUGAAAGUGGCCGACCAAAGGUACUGGAGACUCUACCAGUUUGCUUUCGUCGGUUUACGAAACACAUCAGACGUGGGACAUACACAGUCAGGUGAAUAUGUUAUCUUGACAAUAUUUUUUAACCUGAGUUGGCGAAUGAGCUACUUUACUAUUCAGACGUACAUCCCCUGUAGCAUGAUCAUGGUGCUGUCAUGGGUCUCUUUUUGGAUCAACAAAGAUGCUGUCCCCGCCAGGACCUCUUUAGGAAUCACCACAGUGCUUACAAUGACAAUGCUGAGUACCAUCUCAAGGAAGUCACUUCCCAAGGUAUCCUAUGUGACGGCGAUGGACCUGUUUGUGUCUGUCUGCUUCAUCUUCACGUUUGCUGCUCUGAUGGAGUAUGGGACUCUACACUACUUCACCAGCAACAGGCAGAACAAGAAGAAUAAGGACAAACAUUCUCAGCAGGUAGAGAUGCCACUCCGCAUGGUGAACAUUAGGCCAGUGACGUCACUGCUCCAGAUGAAUAACAUCGGCCCCUACCAAGACGAGGAUGUUUACGCCUAUGUGUGUUUGGAUGGGAAGGGCUGCACCAGCUUCUUCUGCUGCUUCAACGACUGUCGCUCUGGAGCCUGGCGCAAAAACCGGAUGCAUGUCCGAGUCUAG